AUGGGUCGUCCCGAGCCUUGUGUGCUGUUCGCUCAGACGUUCGUUCAUCCUCAACUGGACGAGUACGUGGACGAGGUAAUAUUUGCUGAACCUAUCCUCAUCACUGCGUGUGAGUUCCUUGAACAGAAUGCUUCACCUCCUUCAUAUGCUUUGGAGGUUUUUGUUCAGUGUGAAGGGGAAACAAGAUUCAAGCGGCUCUGUCAGCCCUUUUUGUAUUCCCAUUCUUCUUCCAAUGUGCUUGAAAUUGAGGGUGUAGUAACUAGUCAUUUGGUUGUUAGGGGCAGCUACCGCAGCCUUACCUUGGUAAUAUACGGAAACACAGCGGAAGAUCUUGGGCAGUUCAACUUUGAAAUUGAUUUAGAUAGCUGUUUGACCAAUAUUGUUUGUUCUAUUGAGGAAGAGCUUGAAGACCUUCCUUCUGUAUUACUCCCUUCUAAAUUUACAAUUGAAGAAUCCAUAUCUCCCCUAAAAGCAUUAUCUCUAUAUGCUGUUCCAUUGGAUAUUUCUGUUGAGAUCAAACAAUUUUUACUGCUCACAUUUAAGAUUUUGGAGUUGUCAAACGUUGGGGAUGCAAUCAAUAGAGUUGUUAGUUCUAUGGUGUCAGCAGCCUCUUCUUAUGCCACGGAGAGCAGAGGUAUUAGUCAGAAACAAAUUACUGAGGGCAGAUCAAGAAAUUGUGAAGUAUUUACUGAGGCCAGGAAGGAGCUUCUGGAAAUAUGUAAUAGCCUUCAACAUGAAUCUGGAAAGUCCUUGGCUGAAUUCUUGGCAGAGAGCAUGGUUCUUGAAUCUGAGGAUGAUUUGGCUACUUCUAAAAAGUUGGUGGAUAUUUUGAGCCAAUACUCCCCUUCUAAUAAGAAUUCUGGAAAUAUUGGACAUCCUUUGCUUUUACAGAAUAAAAAUGUCAUUAUGUGGUUGAGCGUGGCUCUUGUUUUGUGCUCCGGUAGAGAGAGCUGCUUUCACUUUGUAAAUGAUGGUGGCAUGGAGCAGCUUGGAUAUAUUUUUUGUCCUGGCACUCAGAACUCUAGUGCUGUUACAUUAAUGUUACUUGGAGUUGUUGAGCAGGCUACUCAGCAUUCAAUUGGGUGUGAAGGGUUCCUAGGUUGGUGGCCUCGUGAAGAUGAAAAUAUUCCUUGUCGUAUCAGUGAAGGUUAUAAUCAGUUAUUGUUUUUAUUGCGAAAACAGCCUCAUGAUGUUGCUUCUCUUGCAACUUAUGUACUUCAUCGCUUGCGUUUAUACGAAGUAGCUUCCAGAUAUGAGUGUGCAGUAUUAUCUGUAUUGGGAGGUCUUUCUGCUGCUGGUAGGACUACAAGUGUCACUUUGGACAUGCUUAACAGUGCUAAACUUCAACUCAAAAAGCUCUUGAAAUUGAUUAACAUGCGUGGCCCGAUUGAAGAUCCUUCUCCAUUUGCCAGUGGGAGCAGAUCCUUGAUUUUGGGUGGAACAGAAGGUCUAUUGCCAUAUAAAGCAACCAGUAACUUCAUUACUUCAUCAAAUUGUGAUGUUGACUCACACUUGCUAUCACUUCUUAAGGAGAGGGGUUUCCUUCCUUUGUCAGCCGCAUUGUUGUCAUCUUCUAUCUUACGAUCUGAAGUGGGACAUGUGACAGACAUGUUGGUGGAAGUUGCAUCAUAUAUUGAGGCCAUUAUUCUUUCACUCCUUUCCUGUCGCUCAGGCUUAAUCUUCCUACUACUUCAGCCUGAACUCUCCACUACAGUAAUUCUUUCCCUAAAGGGUGCUGAUGAUUUGAAAAAGGAAGAGUCUGUCCCACUUCCUUAUGCAUUUGUCUUGAUAUCCAAGGGUUUCUUUUGUCGCCCAUGGGAAAUUGGAAUGAUUAUUGAAACACAUUUGAGGGUGGUUAAUGCUGUAGAUCGUUUGCUUACAUCAACUAGUUACUCUGAAGAAAUUUUAUGGGUUUUGUGGGAACUGUGUCGUCUUUCUAGGUCUGAUUGUGGGCGUCAGGCUUUGUUAGCUCUGGGGCAUUUUCCAGAGGCUAUUUCGGUUUUGAUGGAAGCAUUGCAUUCUUUCAAGGAACUGGAUCCACUUUCCUUGAAUAGUGGAGCUCCGCCACUAAAUCUUGCAAUCUUUCACUCCGCUGCCGAGAUUUUUGAAGUAAUUGUCACUGAUUUGACCGCAUCUUCUCUGGGUUCUUGGAUCGAACAUGCUGCAGAACUUCACAAGGCCUUACAUUCUUCUUCGCCGGGGUCCAACAGAAAAGAUGCUCCAACACGGCUGUUAGAUUGGAUAGAUGCUGGUGUGGUUUAUCAUAGAAAUGGGGCAAUUGGUCUUCUAAGGCAUUCUGCCGUGUUAGCUUCUGGAGGGGAUGCGCAUGUGGCUUCGACAAGCAUUCUAGCAUCAGACACAAUGGAUGUUGAGAAUGUUGUUGGAGAUUCUUCCAGUAGUUCUGAUAGUAAUGUUAUUGAGAAUCUACUUGGACAACCUAUUUCUGAUAAGGAUUUUCAUGGCAUUGCUCUUCGUGACUCUUCUGUUGCUCAGCUGACAACAGCAUUUCGAAUCUUGGCAUUCAUUUCAGAAAAUGUGGCCGUUGCUGAUGCUCUGUACGACGAAGGUGCCAUACUAGUUAUCCAUGCAGUUCUAAUUGACUGUAGGCUCAUGUUUGAGAGGUCCUCCAACAACUGUGAUUACCUUGUCGAUGAGGGCACAGAAGGCAAUUCGACAUCAGAUUUACUUCUGGAACGUUAUCGUGAGCAGAGUGUAGUUGAUCUUUUGAUCCCUUCUUUGGUAUUGCUAAUUACUCUUUUGCAGAGAUUGCGGGAAACCAAGGACAAGCACAGUAAUACAAAAUUAAUGAAUUCCCUUAUACGAUUGCAUCAAGAAGUGAGCCCCAAGUUAGCUGCAUGUGCUGCAGACUUAUCCUCUUCUUAUCCUAAUUCUGCACUUGGUUUCGAAGCUGUUUGCAAACUUACUGUGUCAGCGCUUUCUUGUUGGCCAUUAUAUGGUUGGCGUCCUCAUCUUUUCGAUUUCAUACUUGACAGUCUUCAUGCUACCUCAUUACUGACGUUUGGCCCAAAGGAAACCUGCAGUUUGCUGUGUCUACUGAAUGAUCUGUUUCCCGAAGAAGGUGUCUGGCUUUGGAAGAAUGGAAUGCCUAUGUUGAGUGCUCUUAGAACAUUGGCUGUUGGGACAUUAUUGGGGCCUCAGAAGGAGAGACAGGUUAACUGGUAUUUACAGCCUGCGCACUGCAAGAAGCUACUAAGCCAUUUGAAGCCACAGCUUGACAAAAUUGCACAGAUUAUUCUCCAUUAUGCUACUAGUACAUUGGUUGUGAUACAAGACAUGCUUCGGGUUUUAAUUGUUCAUUUAGCAUACCGAGAUGCUGAUAGUGCUUCCACGCUUUUGCGUCCCAUAAUAUUGUGGAUUUGUCAUUGCCUUUCUGAAUCAUCUUCAUUGGCUGACACUGAUGCUUACAAGGUUUACAGAUUGCUUGAUUUUCUUGCUAUCUUAUUGGAGCAUCCACUUGCCAAACCAUUAUUAUUGAAAGAGGGUGCUGUUCGGAUGCUCACAAAAGUGCUUGAGAGGUGUAUUAGUGCCAUUUAUUCAGAUGGGAAGCAGUUCCAAGAAAGCAGAAAUGCAACAAAAUGUGGGUUUUCUCAGCUUGGUUGGUGUAUCCCUGCAUUCAAGUCCUUGCUACUGAUUUGUGAAUCCGGAACAUCUGUGCCUUACCCUGCGAUGUAUGAUAGUUACCGAAAAUUGACUACCGAAGAUUGUUCCUUGAUUUUAUCUUGUCUCCUCAAGUUAUGCAAGGUCCUACCAGUUGGGGAAGAAUUACUUGCUUGUCUAUCCGUUUUUAAAGAAUUGGUUUGUUGUAAUGAAGGUCAAAGUGCUUUGCUGUCCAUUUUUUUGCAUAUCCAGUCCUCUGGUGUUGAGGAAUGUGAAUCUGAGAGUAGGCAUGGUUUUUUUAAUGGAUUUGAAUGGAGGAAACAUCCUCCUUUACUAUGCUGCUGGAAAAAUUUAUUAAGUUAUAUUGAUUCAAAGGAUGUUCCACCAGUAUUUGUGAUUGAGGCUGUUGGCACAUUGUCUUCAGGUGCUCAGCUCUUUUGCGUGGAUGGGAAAAGUUUGAACUCUGAAAGGGUUGUUGCGGUAAAGUACUUAUUUGGGCUUCCAUGUGAUAUGAGUAGCGCUGAGGGUUUUCAUGAAGAAAAUAUGAAGUGUAUGCAGGAGUUGACUACUCUGCUUAGCUCAAAGAUAAUUGAUGAGGAGUGUUCAUCUGUGUCUGAUAUGAAAAGAACUUUGCAUCAGGUUAUGGAGUCUGCAAAGUCAUUAUCCUUUUUGCUACAAAAGCCAACUGGCUCAGUAGAGGCAGAUGAUAUAAUCUCUAUUGUCAUUCCUCGGUCAUCAGGUGAUGUUCCAGUCUCAUCAAAGAUAUGUAAUAUAUCAGAUGGCAUUGCUGAAAAGGCUGAAGAUUACAGUUUUGGUGGACUUGGAGAUAAGUUUCUGUGGGAAUGUCCAGAAAAUAUGGGUGAUAGAUUGUCACAAGUUGUUCUUCCUGUCAAAAGGAAAAUGUCCUCACUUGAGGGGCCAAACAGGCGUAAAGGAGAGAAUGUUCCAGCUGAGAUUACAGCCAAAAGUUCGUUCUCCCGUGGAGCGGGGCCUUCUGCUGCCCCUUCUGGCCCUACUCGUAGGGACACUUUCCGGCAGCGCAAGCCAAAUUCUAGCAGGCCUUCUUCUAUGCAUGUGGAUGACUAUGUUGCCAGGGAAAGAAAUGUUGAUGGUACUAGUAGUUCUAACUUAAUUGCUGUGCCACGUGUAGGUUCAACCAGUGGGAGACCUCCAUCUAUCCAUGUUGAUGAAUUCAUGGCCAGACAGAGGGAACCCCAAAAUUCUAUAGGGAUGUCAGUUGGUGAUGCAGCUGCCCAAAUGAAAACUGCACCUCCUGAUAAUGAAAGAGAUGCGGAGAAGUCUAAUAAAUCUAGGCAGUUGAAACCGGAUCUUGAUGAUGAACUUCAGGGUAUUGAUAUAGUGUUUGAAGGUGAGGAAUCAGAAUCUGAUGAUAAGCUGCGUUCCCGCAACCAGACGAUAAUCCACUGCAGCCUUCACCUGUUGUUGAGGAAACAGAGAGCGAUGUGA